CAAAAACCCUAAUCCCAGCUGCCAAGCGCCGCAUAGCAACCGGAGCAUUUCACCCAUCUCGGCCGCGGCGGCAGCAGCAGCAGCAGCGGAGCAAUCAUGAAGUUCAACAUCGCGAAUCCCACCACUGGGUGCCAGAAGAAGCUCGAGAUCGACGAUGACACCAAGCUGCGAGCAUUCUGGGACAAGAGGAUCAGUCAAGAAGUCAAUGGUGAUGCACUUGGCGAGGAGUUCAGGGGAUACGUCUUCAAAAUCAUGGGAGGCUGUGACAAGCAAGGCUUUCCUAUGAAGCAAGGAGUGUUGACUCCAGGGCGUGUUCGCCUUUUGCUUCACAGGGGAACCCCAUGCUUCCGAGGACAUGGAAGGAGGAAUGGUGAGCGAAGAAGGAAGUCCGUUCGUGGAUGCAUAGUUAGUCCAGACCUCUCAGUACUGAACUUGGUCAUAGUUAAGAAAGGUGACAAUGACCUUCCUGGACUGACUGAUAUUGAAAAGCCAAGAAUGAGAGGUCCAAAGAGGGCAUCCAAGAUCCGCAAGCUAUUUAACCUCACCAAGGAUGAUGAUGUGAGGAAGUACGUCAACACAUACCGCAGGAAAUUCACAUCCAAAACUGGCAAGAACUGCAGCAAAGCUCCAAAAAUUCAGAGGCUGGUUACUCCUUUGACUUUACAGAGGAAGCGAGCAAGGAUUGCAGAGAAGAAGAAGAGAGUUGUGAAGGCCAAGUCAGAGGCUGCAGAGUAUCAGAAGCUACUGGCUUCCAGGUUGAAGGAGCAGCGUGAGCGCCGCAGUGAGAGCUUAGCCAAGAAGAGAUCAAGACUCUCAUCUGCCACCAAGCCAUCUGCUGCUUAGUUGUCUGGUGGGAAAAUGUUGAUGUCUUGGCUCUGAACAACAUCAUAGUUAGGAUGAGGUAUUUCUGAUUGUUUAUUUAAAGCUUUCAGAGUUUAUUUUGGGAAUGCCGAACAUGUUCCAGGCCGACAUUUCAGAUUUUGUUUGUGUUUAAUGAGUUUCGUGGAUCUGGAUCAGAUAUAAAUGUUUGAAUUAGUAUGUGUUGUUGCGAUGUGUUGAGCUUCACAGAAAGCUUCACCUUGGCUUAACAACUGAAUCAACAACUUUUUGG